GUUUUAUUGUUGUUUUAAUUUGAACUAUCAUUGCAAGGCGAGUCUGAAAAUUGUUCCAGUUGUUCAAAAACACUGUUGAAAUGUGAACAAUAUGGUAGUAAAAAAACAAUUUACUACAUCUUUUAAGAAGAACAAAAAACUGUUUGGUUACAAAAAUACCUACUGAAAGUUCCAUCAAAUGGAGUCCAAUUAUAAGUGGUCCAUGACAGUUGUUUGCCCCAAUGGCAAUCAUGACCCUAUAAAAUUACGUCAUAUGGAGGCAGCGUUUCUUGGACGAUCGCCUAUGACAAGAAUUGUUGAUCCAAGAUGUUCAAGAAAACAAGUGCAGUUAAUUGCCAAUCUUGAAACUGGUGACGUUGAAGCUAUUCAGCUCGGGGAAAAUAGCUCCGCUCUUGAUGGGAUUGAAAUGAUCAAAAACAAAGUUUACAAAAUGAAUUCAAAAUCCGUUUUGCAGGUUCUCACUGGCUUCUUUCCGCAGAAACUUGUAAUUGUUCGUAAUGAAAAUAAGCAAGACAGGGAAAAACAUAAAUCUGAUUCGGAGAUGUAUAAUGCCGACAAGCGCCAUAGAAGCAGCCAUAAAGACAAACAACGUAGAUCUGAUUCUGAAUCCAGCAAAACAGAGUUGAGCAAAAAAAGAUCGCAUUCUCAGGAUGGAAGUGAAGUUCCAUUUAAGAAACCAAAGCUUGAAAGUGAUUCUAAGACAGGAAAUGUUGAUAAAGAAGAGAAAGUGAAUAGAAAAAGAUCCCAGUCUCAUGAUGGUUACAAAGUUCCAUUUAAGAAACCACAUCAUGAAAGUGAUUCUAAAAAAGCAAAUGAUAAAGAUAAAGAAUCAAACAAAAAAAGAUCCCAUUCACAUGAUGUUAAUGAAGUUUCUUUUAAGAAACCAAACCUUGAAAGUGAUUCUACAAAAGGAAUUGAUAAAGAUAAAGAAGUAAACAAAAAAAGAUCCCAUUCACAUGAUGGUAAUGAAGUUCCAUUUAAGAAACCAAAGCUUGAAAAUGAAUCUAAAAAAGGAAAUAUAAAUAAUGAUGAAGACCACUUAAAGGAUGUCUCAUCCAAGUUAGCCUUACUAAAAUCAAAUGUUAAAAAUAAUACAUCUAAAGAGUCUUCUGUUACUGAAAAUAAAGAAACAAAAGGUGAGCAAAAGCACAGCAGUGGUUCUAGUCCCAAAUCUGUGACUGAGUCAAGAUGGGAACAGAUUGACAGUCUGUAUGUGUACACAACUAAAGAUCUGCAGGAUAGAAAAAAGGUCGCUGCUUUUGAUAUUGAUGGCACCAUUAUAACAACGAAGUCCGGGAAAGUCUUUGCAACCAAUGCAGACGAUUGGAGGCUUUUGUACAGAACUGAAACACUGAAGAAACUAGCAUACCUUCAUGAUAGUGGCUUCAAGAUUGUAUUCUUCACUAAUCAGAUGGGCGUCUCCAAAGGGAAAACAAACAUAGAGGAGCUGAAAACAAAGUUCAUCAAAGUGGUCAAGGAAGUAGGUGUGCCUGUACAGAUCCUUGUGGCUACCAAAGGUGGCCUGAACAGAAAACCAUGCACUGGAAUGUGGACUCACCUGACCAAACAUCUCAAUAGCGGAUUAGAUGUUGAUCUAUCACAGAGUUUUUAUGUUGGAGAUGCUGCUGGUAGACCCAAGGGCUGGAUGCCAAAGAUGAAGAAAGAUUUUAGCUCCAGUGACAGACUGUUUGCGUUGAAUGUUGGGCUGCAGUUCUUCACACCGGAGGAGUAUUUCCUUGGUUACCCAACAAAUAAGUUUAACAUGCCAGAGUUUGAUCCAAGGAUGCUGAAUCCUUCCAGUGACCUGUUGGAUCCAAAAUCAGCUGCAGUCACGACACCUGGUCGAGAGCUGAUUGUGCUGGUUGGUUCACCUGCAUCUGGGAAAAGCUUCUUUGCAAAGGAAUACAUGGAAUCGAAAGGCUACAUUGUUGUGAAUAGGGACAUUUUGAAGUCAUGGCAGAAGUGUGUGGCCGCCUGUACAGAUGGCCUGAAAAAAGGACAAAGCGUUGUCGUUGACAACACCAACCCAGAUGUUGAGUCUAGAAAAAGGUAUAUUGUUGCUGCCAAAACAAAUGGCGUUCCAUGUCGUUGUUUUGUGUUCACUACCACAAUUCAACAUGCCAGACACAAUGAAAGGUUUCGAGAAAUCACCGACAAAACCCAUCAACCCAUAAAUGAUAUGAUACUGAACAGUUACAAGGGCAAGUACCAUGAACCGACAUUGAGUGAAGGGUUAAAAGAAAUUGUAAAAGUGAACUUUGUUCCCAAAUUUAAGGACAAGAAAAUGGAGAUUUUAUAUAGGAAUUUUCUUCUUGAAAAGUAAUUACUUUAUUGUGUAAAUAUAUACAAAGGACAAACUUGAUAAGUUUUGAAAUGACUUUGCUUAAAUUUAAUAUGGUUGAUAGGAUUUCGUUAACAGCCAUUUGGAUAGAAACAAACAUUUCACUUAAGGUUGACCAGACUAACAACUGUCUGUAGUGAGAGGCGGAAAACUACAACGGGCGAGGCAUGGUCAGGGGUGAUAACCCCAAAAAAGGGUUAGGGUUAGGGGUCGGGUUAGGGUUGGGCUAACCCGACCCCUAACACUAACCUUAACCCUCUAACCCCUCCUUGCCUCGCCCGUUGUCGUUUUCCGCCUCCCGUCUGUAGAACUUUUUAUAUAAACCUUAAUGUUUGAAGCUAUUUUGAAAAGCAAGUUGCCCGAUGUACUACCAAUUGUUUUAAUUAAUUUUCCUAGUCCGAAAUUUACUAUGCAUGAGCAAAAUGGAAAUUGUUGAUUUCUAUCCGUCAGUUAUUUCUAAUAAUCGAGAAAUAUUUAAUUAACAAAAAACACUUUCAAAAGUCAAAUUCACGUCGGAGUAGGGAAAUACUAAGUGGUUUCCAUGGAAAAGUGAAAGACCAGAUUUUCCAGACAAUCUCGUUAAUCACUUGGAAGACUGAGGAAAACAGUAUCUUAUGAAGAAGAAUGAUUUGCGGAAACGACACAAAAAUCAACUGAAUUUUAAUUAUUUUACGACUGAAACUGAUAUCGAUUAAACAACACAUUUGUUCA